GGAGGAGGGGGGCGAGGAAGGCACCGAUGCGCUCCAGCCGGUGGGGAGGCUGUGGGGGCCUCGGAUGCCCAAAACGUCUGUGCCUCUGUCCUUUUUGAAGUUUACUUGUGUCGUGCCCCAGAACCGAGGGGCAUCCGUCCUUUGGGAGGCACCUCCGGGAUGGCUAGAUGGACCCCUGCCAGUCACCGGACAGGUGCCAUCCCAUAAGCCGCAGAGGCCCUAGGAAGGGCAGGUGUCAGCAGGACGGGUGGCCAGGCCUUGGCCAGAAAAGACAGCCACGGUGGGCCAGGAGGGCAGAACAGAACUGUCCAUGCCGACUGUUUAUGAAGUGGGGAAGCAGUACCCAGAUCCAGAAUAUCCAGAGAGACCCCUUCCAAUGUCCCGGCAUGAGACUUCUCCAUCAGCACUGCAACGGGCCGGCAACAACCAACGCCCCAACCCCUGCUGCUUCUGUUGGUGCUGUUGCUGCAGCUGCUCGUGGAAUGAAGAUCGCGAGCGAGCAUGGAGGGCGUCACGAGAAACCAAACUGGAGACCAUCCCAAACUGUGAAGCCUGCACCAAACCAACCACUGAGGAGGUCAAGGGCUGGGCCCAGUCGUUUGACAAGUUGAUGAAAAAUCCAGCCGGCAGGAACGUGUUCCGGGAAUUCUUACGGACUGAGUACAGCGAAGAGAACAUGCUCUUUUGGUUAGCUUGCGAGGAACUCAAAAGCGAAUGCAACAAGCAGUCGAUUGACGAGAAGGCACGGGUGAUAUACGAGGAUUACAUCUCUAUCCUGUCCCCAAAGGAGGUCAGCCUGGACUCCCGUGUGCGUGAAGGCAUCAACCGCAAGAUGCAGGAGCCGUCCUCGCACACCUUUGAUGAUGCGCAGCUACAAAUCUACACGCUCAUGCAUAGAGACUCCUACCCCCGUUUUCUGAACUCAUCUAUUUACAAAUCUUUAGUCCAGAGCGUCUCGCGGUCGUCUUCGGAGUCCUAAGCCCCUCCCACCUUCCCGGGGGGUUCAUAUGUGAUGGGACCGUUCUCCUUUUCCCACAGGACAAGAGUGGUUGAAAAAAAAAUGGACCUCACCACUUGGACUCGCGUCACUGAAAGAGCUAAAGCGGCACCCCGAAUCCCACAAGUCACCUUAGUUUUUGACUUCUUCCUGCUUGUCCAAUCACGGGGAAGCUCGCUUUCUGUAAUUUUGCCCCAUCUUCAUCCACAGAACGGUGGACAGUGGCUCCUCUGUCAUGUGAACCUCAAACUCAGGCCUCUGCUUUUACUACUGAAUCCAUGCUGGCCCAAGGUUGACCCUGCAGAAGAAGAAGAGGGUGGACGGGUGCGGGGACCAUAAGGGGCAAACAGAGGUGUGGGGGGUGGGGGAAGGCCAAAGUACUAAUUCCUGAAUGUUGUCCUCUGAUCUGUUGUUUCUUUCCUGUUCAAAAGAGCUGGUUGCACGGUGGUCCUGUAGGACCAAAGAAAAGACCUCCGGUGGUGCAGGAGGGCUGCUUUCAUCCCCGGGUGGCAGAAAUGAAGAAAAAAUAGCACUUCCUACGUAGUAUGGUGCGCAUUGCGUUGCUGAUGUAGCAAUCUCUCCCAACCCCCAAGGUUUGUGGCUCUGCUCACAGCCAAACCAACUGAGGAGUAACCCUGAACAUCCUAAAAUCGUUGGGUUUGCAGGUUGAAGUUGCGUUGGGCAAGUUUGUCAAACUAGGGGCAGAGAUGCUGUUUAGAUGUGAACCCUUGCCCAGCUGAGAGUGAAUGAGCUUUUGGCCGUUGGAGGCAAUCUCCCAUUGAAUUUCUGCUCAGUUCGUAAAUAAACAGAACCCACUCUGA